AUGAGCAGUUUAAUCAAAGUGGUAACGGUGAGUACAAAACCAUAUGAGGGGCAGAAACCAGGUACGAGUGGUUUACGUAAGAGAGUCCCAGAAUUCCAGCAAGAAAAUUAUACGGAAAAUUUCAUCCAGUCCACAUUGGAUGCUGGUUUAGGUGAUGAAAAAAAGGGUGCAACUUUAGUAGUUGGAGGUGAUGGCAGAUAUCUCUGUCCAGAAACCGUCAAUAUUAUCAUUCAAAUGGCUGCAGCUAAUGGAUUGCGUAAACUCAUUGUUGGGCAAAAUGGCUUCCUCAGUACACCAGCCGUUUCAUGCUUAAUUAGAAAACGUGAAAUAAACGAUGGUAAUUUGAUCAAUGGCGGUAUCAUUCUAACGGCCAGUCACAACCCCGGUGGUCCUAAAGCAGACUUUGGAAUAAAAUUUAAUUGCGCAAAUGGAGGUCCGGCGCCCGAGAAAUUGACGGAAGCUAUCUAUGCGGUGAGCAAAAAUAUUUCGAAAUACUAUAUUUGCCAUGAUUUGCAUGCUGACUUCACUAAAAUUGGAAAGACUGACUAUGAUAUUGAUGGUUAUGGUAUUUUUACGGUGCAUGUUAUUGAUUCGGUGAAAGACUAUGUUCAACUAAUGGAACAGAUAUUCGAUUUUUCAAAGAUGAAAGAAUUGCUUAGUGGUCAAACUAUGGGACAGUUCAAUGUGUUAAUCGAUAGUUUAUAUGGAGCUACAGGACCAUAUGUAAACACUAUUUUAGUAGAGAAGUUAGGUGUGGAUCCAAAGUUCAUGUCUCACACAACUCCAAAACCUGACUUUGGUGGUGGUCAUCCGGAUCCGAAUUUAACUUAUGCAAAACAGUUGGUUGAUACGAUGAAGAAAGGCGAGCAUGAUUUUGGUGCUGCAUUUGAUGGUGAUGGGGAUCGAAAUAUGAUUCUUGGCAAAAACGGCUUCUUUGUGACGCCUAGUGAUUCGCUUGCUGUAAUUGCUGCAAACUUGAAGUGCAUCCCUUAUUUCCAGCAAAACGGCAUUAAAGGUUAUGCAAGAAGUAUGCCAACGGCCGGAGCAGUAGAUCGAGUGGCCAAAGAAACAGGUUUGCCGAUGUAUGAAACUCCGACCGGAUGGAAAUUUUUUGGAAAUCUUAUGGAUGCUGGUAAACUAUCGUUGUGCGGCGAGGAAUCAUUUGGCACUGGCUCUGAUCAUAUAAGGGAAAAGGAUGGUAUUUGGGCUGCACUUGCGUGGUUGCAAAUUUUGCAAGAAAAGAAACAGUCGGUUGAAAAUGUUGUUAAAGAGCACUGGUCGAAAUAUGGCCGAAAUGUUUUUACGCGAUAUGACUAUGAAAAUUGCGAUGCAUCUGGAGCAAAUUUGAUGAUGACAUUCAUUGAAUCCCAAAUGCAAGCAUUCGUUGGUCAAAAAUUUACGGCAAAUGAGAAAAGUUUCAUUGUCAAGUACGCUGACAACUUUGCCUAUACUGACCCUGUGGAUGGUUCUGUUUCACAAAAGCAGGGUAUACGCAUUUUAUUCGAAGAUGGCAGCCGUACGGUAUUCCGUUUGAGUGGUACUGGUUCACUGGGUGCAACAAUCCGCUUAUAUGUUGACUCAUUUAUUGAUGCAUCAGAUAAACAACGGCUUUUCCAAAGUUCAGAGGAACUUUUGAAGCCUUUGGUUCUCGUAGCUCUGCAGAUAAGUAAAUUGGAACAUUUCACUGGCCGUGACGCUCCAACAGUUAUUACAUAA